CUUCUUAUUGCGACCAAAAGCCGCACGCAAAUCCCUCCGAGGUCUCCCCCCUUUCUCGCUGUCUGCCUCUCGAUCAUUUGAGAAUCAAACCCUAUAAAAGACCUACAACUUCGAAAAAUUUCCCUCUUCCUUCUCCGAUUUGCUCGCUCCCUGUUUUUUCCUUCUUUCUUUUCUUCUCCUCGUCCAUUUCUUCAUCUGGGAACCCUAGAUUCUACAAAGGAUCUUAAUUUGUUGCGCGUAAUCGCUUCUUAGCUUAAACUCGGUGUAGAAUCAGCGUCGAUUUGUUUGAGUUUCCCAGUGAGGUAAAAGGGUUCUGUGGAUUUGAUUUUUGGAAGACUUGGGUUAUCAUUUUCUCUAUUUGGGGCGAGAGCUUGAUCUGAGGGAGGAAAGGAUCGGAAGUUGUUUUAAUUUAGCUGCGGAAGGAGAAACCCGGGAUUUAACUUGGUUCGUAGAAGAAAACCCUUUAUCCGAUUCCCGUCAAUAUUUGUAGAAUUUGGGGAUAAUUCUGAGAGUUGAGUAAACAGUCCAUUAAUGGCUGAACAAGGUGGCUUGGAAGGUAGCCAACCUGUUGAUCUUUCUAAGCAUCCAUCGGGCAUUGUUCCUACUCUUCAGAAUAUCGUGUCAACUGUCAACUUAGAUUGCAAAUUGGAUUUAAAGCAAAUUGCUUUGCAGGCUCGUAAUGCAGAAUACAAUCCCAAGCGUUUUGCUGCUGUCAUUAUGAGGAUCAGGGAACCAAAAACAACGGCUUUGAUUUUUGCCUCAGGAAAGAUGGUUUGCACAGGUGCAAAGAGCGAGCAGCAGUCAAAACUUGCCGCUAGGAAGUAUGCUCGGAUCAUUCAGAAGCUUGGGUUUCCAGCUAAAUUUAAGGACUUUAAGAUUCAGAACAUUGUGGGAUCCUGUGACGUGAAGUUCCCUAUCAGGCUCGAAGGUCUUGCGUACUCCCAUGGUGCUUUCUCAAGUUAUGAACCAGAACUCUUUCCGGGCCUCAUUUAUCGCAUGAAACAACCAAAGAUUGUGCUUCUGAUAUUUGUCUCAGGGAAGAUUGUGAUAACUGGAGCCAAGGUGAGGGAUGAGACAUACACAGCCUUCGAGAACAUAUAUCCUGUGCUUACAGAAUUCAGAAAGGUUCAGCAAUGAUAAAAGGGUGGCUGCUCUGGCAUCGGGGUAUUGGCGUCUGUUGUAUGAAUGCUUCUGUAAUGUCUGUUGCAUCCGAAAGAACUGAGUGUUGUAUCGCCGCUUUGUGUGUAAUUACGGGUCAUGGGAGUAAGGAAAAGAAGCCGAAACUGAAUCUUUUUCGGGCGGAAUAUACCGUUUUGAAUUGGUUUAGUUUCUGCUCCCUAAAAGGUUUUGUAACGUACCAAACUGGCGAAGACCCUUUUUGCCUGUCUGGUCUCGGAAAAGCUCGAGACAGAAGGGUCUUUUGUUUUCUUGUUCUGUAAGAACCUAAGAGACCUUUUAUCAAAAUCUAAGACAAUC